GCGAACAAGUGAAAUAAACGCCUGUGCAAUGACUUUCAAAUUGGACAGUCUUUUUUCCCCAAAAGACGUCUACUUUUUAGCGUUGAUAAAGUGAUUGGCUGUAUACACAACACAGACACACACAACGCAUACACACACCACACACACACACAUACACAAACACGCACACGCACACACACACACACACACAGAUACACACACACAGAUACACACACAUAAACACAGACUUCAGACAUAUAUAUAUAUACACAGGCAUUUACACGUAUACACACAUACACAUAUAUAUCACCUCCGGCCAAGUUAUCAGCCUGCGACCAUGCUGGAGCACCGCCUUGAAGAAUUUCACUCGAACAAAUCGACCCCGAAACAAUUGAUGGAGGUCGAAGCUUCAAUAAAAUUCCAACAAGAUGUUCUGGAAGCUCAGAACUGUUACAGGCAAAAUCAUGGCUGCCCAGAGAUGGUAACUUCGGUGGAAUUAUGCCGAGAUGCUCAGUCUUGGGCUGAUUAUAUCGGAGAGAAAGGUUACAUUCAGUAUAGUGAAACCUCUGGUGUUGGUGAAAAUAUUGGUCUGUUGGAGUUAAACGGUAAAACACCUUCAGGCAAAGAAUUGGUGAAGAAAUGGUAUGAAGAAAUUCACCACUAUGAUUUCGAUAAACCUCAAUGGCGGAAAGGUUGCCAGCAUUUCAGUCAGAUGUUGUGGAGAAGUACAACGGAGUUUGGUGUGGGGCUUGCUAAAAUGAAGAAAAAGGACCAAUAUGUUGUAGUUAUACAGUACCGUCCUCCUGGUAACAACAAUUUACCAGGAGAAUUUCGAAAAAACAUACCACCGCCUAAAUAACUCUGGGUGUGUUUGUGUGUAUGUAUGUGUGAGUGAGUGAGUGAGUGAGUGAGUGAGUGAGUAAGAGUGUGUGCGUGUGUGUGUGUGAGAGAGAGAUAGAGAUAGAGAGAGAGACAUAUAGUCAGACAGUCAGACAGUCAGAUAAAGAGAAAUAAGCGUGUGUUUAUGCGUGAAACGGUAUUUGUGAAUAUACGUAUAAGUGUGUGAGUGUUUAAAGUUUUUUUUUUACCCCAUAAAUAUAAAUAUAUGCCUAUGUGUGUAUAUACACGUACGUAUAAGGGAUUGACAGAAUUAGUAAAGAGCCGGACAAAAUAUAUUGCAAUGUUUGGUUUUGUCUCUUUACAAUCUAAGUUCAAAUCCCAUCGAAGUCUCUACUUUGCCUUUUACCCCCUUGAGGGCCCCUACAAUAAAGUACAAGUCAAAUAAA